UAGGGAAGACUCGGAGGGUUGUCCUGGCAGGGAUCUUGGGGGCGGGGGUUUCGACUGAGGAAAGGCAGGGCGUGGAGUUUCCUCUACUUUGACGAUCUAGUUCCCGCCGCGCCCGCAGGAAGCCCGAUUGAUCAGCCCCGACCCUCGCUCCGCCUUUGCUAUUUUUUCUUUCGCCAGCCCUGACUAUCCACAUGCAGUUGCGCUGUUCGUUGGGCGAGGCAAUGAGGGCUGCGUUCAGCAUCUUACAAACAGCUCAAAUGCAACUCGGAAAAGGAAAGGUCGUUGCUCUUUUCGGCACCGCUUAAACUUUUGUUUGCAGAUCCUUGAAUAGUUCUGAGCGUCUUGGGAAGAAAGUUGUCGUUCGAAUUGAAUCACCAAAGUGAGGCAUUGAUGGUCGUGUUGAAAUCAGCCCUUAACAUAUGCAGCUGCCCAAGUAUGCAUUGGGAAGGCACAGCCUCUUAUUAUAAUGGCAGAGCAGCUAGCUGGUAAAACAAAAAUUACACACAAAGCUACAGCAGGAGGAGAUUCAUUGUCCUUCAUAAAGUCACUGAAAGUCCACAGAGAAUUGCUAGUCAAUCGAAUCCGCAACACCCAGUGUUUGAUUGACAACUUGAUUAAGAAUGACUAUUUCUCCAUAGAGGAUGCAGAGAUUGCUGCACAGUAUUCUACACAAGCAGAUAAGGUCCGUAAAAUUCUAGACCUAGCCCAGAGUAAAGGUGAGGAAGUUGCAGAGUAUUGCCUGUAUGUCCUGCAACAAGCUGGUGAUGCUUAUUAUGACUUACAUCCUUGGUUGGAGGAGAUUGGCUUUCGCCCAUCAGAAGUCAUUUGUAGCAAACCUGUGGAAAAUACUGACCCAGUCAGCAGAUACCAGCAGAAACUUAAAGAUGAAUUGGGCCGAGAAACAAAGUUUAUCAUGUCAUAUGCCCAAAAAGAAGACAUGUUGCUUGAAGAAAUAUAUUCUGCCAACAUUAUGGAGUUUCUCAAUCAUAAAAAUGAGAAACUCAGUAGUGUGGAUGCCUUCGAAGAUCUACUUACUGACAAUUUGGGGCUGAUCAAUGAAAAUGGAGAGACCAUCUAUAUCUUUGGGGAUGCUGGGAUUGGAAAGUCCAUGUUAUUGCAAAAGAUGCAAAAUCUCUGGUCCAAGAAUGCCUUUGAUGUAGGGGCCAAAUUCUUCUUUCGUUUCCGAUGCCGAAUGUUCAGCUGCUUUAAGCAAGAAGAAGCUUUUUGUUUAAAGGAUCUUCUCUUCAAAUAUAACUGUUUCCCAGAUCAGGAUCAAGAGGAAGUUUUCAACUUCAUUGUAAAAUUUCCUCAUACUGUUUUGUUUACAUUUGAUGGCUUUGAUGAAAUUCAUUCUGAUUUUGAUCUCAAUAGUAUUCUUGAAAUCUGCUCUCCCACUGAAUCUAUUCACCCACUUGCUCUUCUGGUGGGCCUCCUCAGUGGAAAACUUUUGAAGGGAUCUAGAAAAAUUCUGACAGCCAGGACAGGGACAGAAAUUGAUAAAAACAUUGUCCGGAAGAAAGUACAUCUCCGAGGGUUUUCCAGUAGUAACUUGAAAGAUUAUACUAAAAUGUUUUUCAAAGAUGAAGGAUGUCAGACUUUGGUUUUGAACCAACUGGAAGCCAAUCCAAAUCUAAGCAGUUUGUGUUCGGUGCCAUUAUUUUGUUGGAUUAUCUUCAAAUGCUUUGAACAUUUCCAUUCUGCAUUUGAUAGUCAUGAGCUCCCAGACUUCACUGUCACUCUAACAGACAUUUUCUUGCUCAUGACUGAAGUCCACUUGAAUCGCAUUCAAAAGACAAAUUUGCUAAAGAAGAACAACAGAAGCCAAGAAGAAACAUACAGGUCCAAUAAAGAGAAAUUGUUUGCACUGAGUAAAAUAGCCUACAUGGGAAUGCAGAAAUCUCUCUUUGUCUUUGAGCAAGAGGAAGUUCUUAGUGACCUCCUUAAGCAGGAUUUACAUUUAGGAUUUCUCAGGGCAGUUCCUAAUUAUGAAGAUGCUGUAGACCAAUCUUCCUAUGAAUUCCUGCACUUGACCUUGCAGUCAUUUUUCACAGCUUUUUAUCUGGUAACAGAUGAGAAAGUGGGGGCCAGGGAUUUGCUGCAGUUUUUUGCUGAAUGCUCCAUGCAAGACACUACUCUGUCUUCCUGCUUGCCUCUUUCCUGGUCAAAAAAUUACCACCCAACAGGAGGGGAUCCUUUCCGAAAUAAAGAGCACUUUCAUUUUACUAAUCUCUUCUUGUGUGGCUUGCUUUCCAAAGCAAGGCAGAAACUCUUGAGGCAUCUGAUUCCUCUGAGUACAAUCAAGAAGAAAAGGAGGAUUCUUCUUGCCUAUUUUUUUGAAAGCAUGAAGUCUCAUCUGAAAGGUCUCUCUCGGGCAAGGCUGAAAGAAUACAAACAGGUGCAAGUAAUGCCAAACUUUGUUUGGAUGCUGAGAUGCAUCUAUGAGACUCAGAGUGAGAAAGUUGGUAAAGGGGUUGCCAAAUGCAUGCGUGCCAACUAUAUCAAGCUGACUUACUGCAAUGCCUACUCUGCUGACUGCAGUGCCAUCUCCUUUGUUAUGCAUCAUUUCCAGAAACGCUUGGCCCUAGAUCUGGACAAUAACAACAUUAAUGAUUAUGGGAUCAAGCAACUGCAGCCUUGCUUUAGCCAUCUGGCAGUACUCAGGGUGAGCGUGAAUCAGAUCACAGAUCAGGGUGUGAGAGUACUUUAUGAGGAACUGUCCAAAUUCAAAAUUGUCUCUUAUUUGGGCUUAUAUAACAACCAGAUUACUGAUAUUGGAGCAAAGUAUGUGGCAAGACUCAUUGAGGAAUGUCCAAGCCUCAUCUAUGUUAAGAUAGGAGCAAACAAGAUAACAACCGAGGGAGGGAAAAGUCUUGCUAAUGCCAUCAAGAAAAGUAAAACUAUGUAUGAAAUUGGAAUGUGGGGUAACAAGAUUGGAGAUGAAGGAGCAAAGGCUUUUGCGGAGGCAUUGAAAAAUCACCCCACCUUAACCAAUAUCAGUCUUGCCUUUAACAGCAUCACUACAGAAGGAGGUAAAAGCCUUGCAGAAGCGAUGAAACACAACAAUGGUAUAAAUAUAUUUUGGCUAACAAAAAAUGAGUUGGAUGAUGAAGCAGCUGAAAGUUUUGCUGAAAUGAUAAAGGUUAACAAGAGAUUGGGCCAUCUGUGGCUUAUCCAGAAUCAGAUAACAGUUCAAGGAGCCAGGAGUUUAGCUGAUGCUCUCCAAGACAAUACUGCUCUCAAAGAAAUCUGCUUAAACGGAAACCCAAUAAGUCAAGAAGAGGCCAAAGUCUUUGAAAAUGAAAAGAGACUCAUUUGCUUCUGAGAAAGUUUUAGACCAAUGUCAGAAGCCUGAAAAUGAACCCAAAACUUGAAUAAAAUGAUCACCCUGUGUGCAUAUCUUGACAUUGAUGCUUGAAAGGGGGAUUUUGCCUUAGUAAACCAGUUCUAUCCUAACAGCAUUUGUGUUAGGUUUGUGGGAUGACUUUGAUUUUAUAGCAGCUUUCAAGUUACAUCAGCAGGAACCUGGUUCAGAAGACAACCCUUAAAUGACACUGAAACUGGAGGAUCAGAAUUGAGGGGACCCGUAGUUCAUCUGAAAAAAAUCUACUAUCUGCCUUCUCCCUUACUCCACCCUCCCUCAAACGUUUGCCCCACAUUUUUUUGGUUUUGUUGGUAGAAAAGUAUUUGGAUGCUGCUGUUGCAACAGACUUAGAUCUACCAGUGAAUCCCUUUCUCUUAGUGAGACAUAGCAAAUUGCCUUCAGUCAGUUUUUCCUUUGAUGCAAACCAUAAUUCAGAGGAAAGGAAUUAUGGGGCAAAGGAAAAUGGCAAUAUGGAUUUCUCCAUAACCUAUUUCAGGUAUUAGUAUUUAAGGUUUAGACCUGAUUUUGCAUUACCACCCCUUUUAAGGAUAUGGAGAGUUUUGAGAAGAAUUGCAUUUUUCACAAAGGUUGUGGUAGAGUGCAAAUUUGUACAUAGGUGACAAAUUUGUACAUAAGUGAAUGACAGAGUCAUUCAAAGUCACUGGCUUCAAAGUCAUGGAUAAAGCUUUUUUAUAUGAUCUAAGUGAGGCAGGCAAUGUAGAAAUGUGUUAAGUAAUAUAUUUUCACACAGCUAAAAGGGGCAGGGUUAGAGUUAGUUUGAUCAUCAUUUAACUCGCCAUUUUGAAGCCAGUAACCAUCACUGGGGAUAUCCCUGUUCUGCUACUGGGUCACUUGGAAGUUGUGCUAAUUUACUCCUAGAUGUUAGGGAGAAGAGAGGAAAUGCAUCUAACAUGCUGACAUAAAUUGUCCUUAAUUGUGGUUUAAUCAAAUGAUUGGGUUGUGUGAAUGUUAGAAUGUUACAUAUCCUUUGUUCAUAAAACAUUCUUUUUCUAGUGUUUUGAUUAUCCAAGGAUAUUUCAUAAGGGCUGGAUCUCAGCCUCAAUAUGUUGGAAGAGAGGUAUGGUAUAAAUGACAGAUAUUUGGGGGAUGCUCCAAUAUUUAGUUGUAUUUCUUUUGCCUUGAAUUAUAUAUAUUCAUUGUAUAUAAUUUCAUUAGUUCUCUUCCACGUCCUUUCAAACAUAGACAAACAUUACACAAAACAUAAAUACAUAAAACUUCUUUUUGGAAAGCGGCUU